UUAUCCCGAAAAUUAAAAAUGCGAAAAAUAUAUUUAAAAAAUCUUUCGUUACUUACAACAUUUCUUUCUCCUCUUCGUCUUCAACUCUUAACUCAUCAGUUUCAAGUCGCAGAAAUGAACGGUGGCGCCUUUGAUUUUAUCGAAGAAAACGGAAACGGGAGCGACUCGGACUCGAAUUCUGAUUACGCGCCGGAGUACUACCAGCCGAUCUCCGCCGUGGAAGACAGUGGGAGUUCGGACGACGAGCAAGACGGUGAAUUCCGACACCUCCCGAACGGUUUCGCCGCGCACGGCGUGGUGGAGAACGGGAUCUCGUCUCUGGAUCUGAACGACGUUACAGAGAAGAGCAGCAGCGACGAGGAGGAAGAGGAGGAGGAGGAGAGGAUCAGAGAGUUGUUCGAGAGAUCGUUGAGAGAAGACGAGAACCGGCGGAAUGCACCACUGACGGCAGAGAACGCGACGAGAGUUAUGGAAGCGAUGCGCGGAGUGUCCUUUGCCGGAGUGGUUCCCGAUUGGGCUGGUCAAGAUGCUGAUGAUAGAUGGAUUGAUCAGCUUCGCAGAUUGAGACAAUCGUCGAACACUUGACGGAAAAUUAGAUACUCAAUUAGGUGCGAUGUUUUUUUUUCCCCUCCAGUUUUUAACUUGUUAUUUGGAUGAAGAUUUAGUUAGAAUUUUGUGCUCGAAAUGUGUUGAAAUUCAAUGCGUCUUUGGAUACCAAGCAUAA